AACUUGCCCAUCUUCACCAAAUCGCAGGCAAGCUUCGUAGCCACCUUCCUUCCUUUCAAUGGCUUAUUCACCAGCGCCGCCGCCUCCUCCUCCUCCUCCCUAAAACGCAUCGCAUUGCUCAAACCCCAUCCCAUGCGUUCCACAACCACCACCCUCACCAGGAGGACCACUCUCCCACUCGCUCAACCUUCCCCUCUCUUCACGCGCCGCCGCCUCACUACUCCUCCUUCCUCUUCUCCUUCUCUCCCGCCACGUCAUCACAAAAACCCUCCGCUUCACGCUUCUGAUUCUUCUUCUCCCCUCACCUCCCUCCCUUCCAUCCUCUCCUCCAAGCUUCUCGAUUCUUCCAAAUGCAAGUUCCUCAUUCCCCGUUUGUCCCCUCACGACUUCGAUCGUUUCUUCUUCUCUACUCACAUCGCCGCCACCGCCCGAAAUAAUAACCACCACCACCACAACCUCGACGUCCUCACCACUUUCCGUUUCUUCAACUUCGCGUCCAAAUGCUUCGGUUUCGCUUUCACCGUUCGGUCUUACUGCGUCUUGCUCCGUAUGCUUCUCGCUUCGAAUUUCUUGCCUCGUGCGAGAUCGAUUCUCGGAAGUUUGAUCGAUGGGAGAGCACCUGCUCUGUUCGAAAACCGCCGCAACGGACCAAUCGAGAUUGCAGCUUCUAUGUUGGAGCUUAAUGCAGCUACUGGUAUGAGAUAUGGUGAAUUGGACUUGUUGAUUCAUACUCUCUGUUCUCAGUUUAAGAAUUUAGGUGUUGGUGUUGCUUUUGAUGCAUUCUGGUUGUUCGAGAAGGAAGGUAUUCUUCCUUCUACUAAGUCCUGCAAUUUCUUGCUUAGCUCUUUAGUGAAGAAUAAUGAGCUUGAGAAGAGCUUUGAGGUUUUCGAGGCUGUUUGUCGAUGCGGUUCGCCAGAUGUUUACACGAUAAGUACUGCUGUUAAUGGUUUUUGUAAGGGAGGGAGGGUUGAUGAUGCCGUUGGGUUGUUUCUAAGAAUGAAGGAGUUAGGUGUUUCGCCUAAUGUGGUGACUUAUAAUAACGUGAUUGAUGGGUUGUGCAAGAGUGGAAGGAUCGAAGAGGCCUUGAGAUUUAAGGAGAGAAUGUUAGAAAGCAAAGUAAGACCGUCUGUCGUAACUUACUGUGCCCUUAUUAAUGGUUUGGUGAAGUUGGAGAAGUUUGAUGAGGCACAUUGUGUUUUUUUAGAAAUGCGCAGCAGGGGAAUUGCCCCUAAUGAGUUUGUUUAUAAUACAAUGAUUGAUGGGUACUGCAGGAACAAGAAUAUGAGCGAGGCACUAAGGAUCAGGGAUGAGAUGUUAUCCAACGGGAUAAUUCCCAAUGAUGUUACUCUUAAUACUCUGUUACAAGGAUAUUGUAGGAGUAAUCAAAUGGAGCAAGCUGAGAAACAAGUAGAGCACAUUUUAUCGCGUGGGUUAGCUGUUAACCAGGAUGCGUGUUCUUAUGUUAUUCAUUGGUUAUUUGGUAAAUCCAGAUUUGAUGCAGCUCUCAAAAUUGUAAGACAGCUGCUGUUGAGGAAUGUCAAGACCAGUGAUAGCUUGCUGACCCCUUUGGUCUGUGGACUUUGUAGAUGUGGAAAACAUGCAGAGGCAACUGAACUUUGGUUUGGCCUUGCAAAGAGAGGCCUUUCAGCAAAUACGGCUACCUCAAAUGCUCUUCUUCAUGGAUUUUGUGAACAAGGGAACACAGAGGAGGGCAUCACAUUAUUCAAAGAGAUGAUUCAGUGGGGCUUGGUGCCAGAUAGGAUCUCUUUCAACACACUUAUUUUUGGCUUUUGCAAAGUGGGUAAAAUCGAUGAAGCUUUUGUGCUAAAGGAAGAGAUGAAUGAGCAAGGAUUUCAAUCUGAUAUGUAUACCUACAAUUUCCUAAUGAAGGGAUUGGCUGAUAUGGGGAAAAUGGAUGAGGUUAAUAAGGUUUUGGAUGAAGCUGAAGGGUGUGGCUUGGUUCCAAAUGUCUAUACAUAUGCACUUAUAUUAGAAGGAUACUGUAAGGCUGACCAGAUUGGACAUGCUAUAAACUUAUUUGAUGAGCUGGUCAAGAAAGUAGAGCUAAGCCCUGUUCUUUAUAACAUUCUUAUUGCAGCCUACUGUAGGGAUGGGAAUGUCACGGAAGCCUUCAAACUUCGUGAUGCCAUGAAAAGUAGGGGCAUCCUACGCACCUGCUCCACAUAUUCUUCGCUAAUACAUGGUAUGUGCAAACUUGGCCGUGUUGAAGAAGCAAAAGAGAUUUUUGAAGAAAUCAGAAAUGAAGGGUUGCUGCCAAAUGUUUUUUGCUAUACUGCUCUAAUUGAUGGUUACUGUAAGUUAGGAAAGAUGGAUAAAGCUGGGAAUAUCUUACUUGAAAUGUCUUUGAAUGACAUACAACCUAAUAAGAUUACCUACACUAUUCUGAUAGAUGGGUAUUGUAAAUUGGGGAAUAUGAAAGAAGCAAAUACACUUUUAAACGAGAUGAUAGCAAAUGGAAUAACUCCAGAUGAUGUCACUCGUAAGGCAUUGAAAAAUGGGUAUUGCAAGGAAAGGAAGCUGCAAGGAGCCUUGCAAUUGCGUGAUCAUUUGUCUGGUAGAGGAGAACCCUUAGAUGAAGUUACAUAUUCUACAUUGGUUCAGGGUUUACAUUCUCCUACAGCAAUUAGCAAUCAGAAAUAAUGAGGAAACUAUUGAAAGCUUGUAUCUUAGUUGGUAUCAUGACUCUUCUGGACGAUAGUGCCAUAUUGUUGCUGGAACCUCUUGUCAGGAAGAUAAGAGCAUCAUAUGCUUGUUUUCGUGAUACGAUGAUCAGCUGCUAUUCUUACCUGAAAAUGCUCAUGGAACUUCAGAGGAAGGAAAAAUUUUGUCUCUGAAAAGGAAGACGUGUGAAUGUUAAGCCAAAUUAGUUGGCUUCGGAAUUAGUUAAACAGAUUUGGUCAAUCUCUGCUUCUAGGAAGCUGGUUUUAUCUACAUAUCCAAUGUUGUAAAAUUUCAUUGCAAGGGUGUAGGAGGAUUGCCAUUGGAGCAAACAUUUUGUAGCUCUUUAACUAUGUGCAAGGUUGUGGUCCCUUGUUGGUCCUUCGUUCAAUCAAAUUGGUUCACAUUGAUGGCCAGAACAUAAUAGCUUUGCAUGCUUCUAGGAUGCUCUAUAUCUAAGGGGAAUCUGCUUAUAGUAAUUUCUGGUUAAAACUUGGAAGAGAAUAUAGGCUUGGAUACAGUUCAGAUGAAAGAUGUUUUUGAAUUUAUGAUUGCUGACCAAUAACUGGUGUUUGUUGUCACCAUCUUUGCCCUUGACAUUGGAAGGAUUUGGGGUAGAGAAGAAAGUCUACAAGUCAAGAGGGAUGAAGGAUUCAUCACCAUUAUUGUACAACCUGGAAAGUAACCUUAAUCUCCUUCCCACGACUCCCACCCGCCCCAGAUGCAAAGGCAAGGCACGGCACUAAAGUUGAAGAUGAGAAGUAGACAUUGGCUGGAAAAUUGGGUCACUCUCCAGUGCAGCUGCAAGUUCAGGCCACAAGAUAGCAGACACAGUCCAAGAGCCAUC